AUGGCGGCGACUGAAGACUCAUUUGCGGCUGGCGGCCCGGCGGCGGUGCGGCUGCCGCGGUUGCCGCCGCUCAAGGUGCUGGCAGAGCAGCUGCGGCGCGACGUGGAGGGUGGCCCGGGCGCGUGGCGGCUGUCGCGGGCGGCGGCGGGCCGUGGACCGCUGGAGCUGGCAGCCGUAUGGAUGCAGGGCACCGUGGUGGCGGCGAGCGGUGGCGAGGCGCGACUGCGGGACCCGAGCGGGGCCUUCUCGGUGCGCGGCCUGGAGCGGGUGCCGCGUGGGCGGCCCUGCCUCGUCCCAGGCAAGUAUGUCAUGGUAAUGGGGGUGGUGCAUGCCUGCAGCCCCGAGCCGUGCCUCCAGGCCGUGAAGCUGACGGAUCUGUCAGGUAACCCUGUCCACCAGAGGAUGUGGGAGCUGGAGGUGGAGGAUUUGCACAGGAACAUACCCUAGGUGGUGUCGGCGCCGUCCUGGAACACGCCGUCACGUGUUCUCAUCACAUGUGACUUUGCCGACGUCACUCAAGGUCUACUUCUCGAAGGGCCCUGGGACAAUGGCUUUGGUGGACCCAGGGUCGGG